AUGACCACCGAAUUUCGACUGCCGAUGCACCAGGCGCCUCCUCGGAAGCCUGUCCCUAACACAAUGCACCAUGGAUACGCCUACCAGUCCUAUGAUGCACCGCACACACAGCAACUCUCCCCUCAUCCCUCCGCGGCCAGUCUCGCUCACAACCGCCGCCGGACGUCUUCGUCCCAUGUCCUGCCCUAUUCGGCAGCCCAGCAACAGUAUCCAGUCCACCCCGCACCUCAUCAAACAAUGGCUGCCCCGGCUCCGUACCCCCCCUCGAGGCGCUUGUCGAGUGCCACCACCUCGACUAGCUCUACCGGAAAUAACCUUGUCUCGAGCGGAAAUUCGGGCGAUAUUCGCCGCAGCACUUCGUCACGUUCGGCCCACAGCCAGCUAGGAUAUGUGGCUCUCAUGCGUCGGCAAAAGGCGACCGUGUGGUGUGACCGUUCGCAGCCGGAGGAUCCUCGAAUCCGGGCUCAGAAGCUUGUUGACAAGAAGAGGGCGUACCUGGAAGUUCAUGGCGCUGGCGCCGGACGCACAGGUACCCUGGGAAGUGGUAAAGCCAAGCAUGCUAAGGGAACCACCGAUUUCUCGCCGUCAACGCUGGUUGGGGCUAAGGUUCCUGUUCGACUCAGUGCCAACGAAGUGGGUGACGAUGCAGACGAUGAUGCACACAGUGACAGUGGAUUCCUUCACCGUCGGACGAACAGCGGCCACAGCUCCCUCAAAAGCAACCGCUACCCUAGUGGAUAUCAGCGACCGCAGGGCACCAUGGGAAGCAACAGUACUCCCCCCAAUGAGAAGACUGAUUUGCCAGAAGUGUCUGAGCAUCCGCCGGCGGAAAAACUCGAGGAAGAGAAGGAUAUUAAAUCUGCCAAGGAUGAUGCCGCGACGACUCACAGCCGAGCGAGCGAGCCGGAGGAUAGUUUUGGAACUGUGGGUGAUAUGGCUGCCCCAAGUGCCGCGGUGGCCGCCUCGCAGAAGGCGAAGAAGGCCGAUGAACUGAGGCGUCGGGGUAGUGUGGAUGAUCGAACAACGUCGAUGACUCGGCUGUUUGUUGCGAACCCGGAUUUGAGUGAUUAG